AUGAUCCGUGUUUUGGAAAGCAGUGGAUUUCGAAUACUGUUUGCAGAUCCGUGCAAUUUUCCAUGGCUUCAUGGCAAGCUGGAGAGGUACAGCUCAGUAAGGCGUCUGCUAAUUCGGGCUGGCAUCGAGGAUGAUUGCUAUCCCAUAACGCUGGCCAGUAAAAUCCAGGAUAUUCCUACUGAACAUUUGUAUUUGCCGGAAAAAACUGGCGAAGGGUUAUUCGAUAAACCGCUGUGCAUCAGCAUGGAAAGAAGGAGAGCGGCGCAGUGUGAGAAGCAUAUCAGAAGA